CAGAAACACGCUUGUUCUCUUUCGUAUUUCCGACGACUGCACGACCACAAUAUAAACUCGAGAGCUCGUGGAACCCUUGUGCAAACUCGCAGUUUACAGAAUUCAGCGGACGUAGUCCGCGAUCACGCUCGCGUGGUCGCCUGCUAACAUGGAGGUAAGGAAUUAAACCAGUAAAGGACUAUUACGACGCUUCGUGCAACGUGUACCCAUUUAUUGCCUGUUUUGACACUUUCUGAUUGUACAAAUUCGAGAGUGCACGAGCCGCCUGAUUAACUGACGAUGUAUGAAAGCCAUGGUAACAUCGAACGUCUGGCUGGCGCGGCUUUUGUCUCGAGUGUAGGUGCACGCUAACGCUGUUAAAACUUCGGUGGGGCAGCUGUGGGCGCUCUUAUCGCAGUAGCUCUGUGUCGUGGCGCAAAGAUCGUGCCUUCAUUUCUUUAUCCGAACCUAUGUAUUUCUUUCUUCGAUUCUCACAUCGCUAUACAACUUUGCGUGAAGAAUAACCUGGUAUAGCAGAAUUGGCUGGGUGACGACGCUAUUGUGGUUCACCGAAUUCUGAGAGGCGCGGCGAUGGAUGAUUGCGCAGUCUUAUCGCACUCUGGCGCUCUGGCUCCGAAAAGCACCGCACUCAGCAUGUGAUCGCAUUCAGUUCGUUGCAGCCGCUGUCUCGGAACAUACGCAGGUAUCCCGGUAGCCUCUUGGUUCCCAAACAAACCCUGACCUCGCCUCCACUUCUGAGGACGCCAGACGUCUAGCGUGUGUGCUUCGUCAUCCAGCGCGGAACCGGCACCAGUCCUACAACUUACACUGUCACCAAGGGAUCAUCUCUGGGUCUGCUUGAGUCUGCUUUACGUCUUGAGUCCGCUUCAUAAUUCACCGCGGAACCGGAAUCAGUCGUACAACUCGCACCGUCACACAAGGGAGUGUCGGAGGACUAGACAUGACUUCGCAAAGUGACUUCGGCUCUUCGGAGUUCCGUUGCGGCGCCUGUGAGCACUCGGCGCCUUCGCUCUGUCCCAAGUCGUUCGCUCUAGCUGACGUGCGGCGCUUCGAUGGCUCCGGCGGACUGAAGGUCUUUCCGUACGACAACCGUUAUUGCGAACCGUACCAGCCGUGCGCCUGCAGCCCACCGUCUGACAAGUAUAUGCGGCGUUGUUCUCCGAGCGAGGCAAGCCGUUCUCAUUCAAGGAACACUCCGGAUGGUGCCUGGUACCUGGCGGACAGCGCUCCGGUUGACGUCAACUGCGGACUUUUCUCUCCGCCAUCACGGCACGCGGAGUUGCGUUCCAGCGACCUAGACUAUGAACCUUUCAGCACCUACGGUGAGACGGAAAGGCUUAUAAAGAUUCAUUACUUGGCUGAAGAGCUGGUUGCCCGCGAAGCGGCCGUGGCUGCCACUAACCACGACGACACCGACUGGGAGGAAGUCGACAGUGGAUCCUGCUCAAGUCCAGAGACGAGUCCUGCCAAGUCGCCGUUCCCGUCGAUGACCUCGCUGAGCUUGAAGACCCUGACAGAGUCGUCGCUCAUGCCUCUCGCCGAAACAGCGGACACGUCUGUUCGCGCGUCUGUCCAGGAGGCCUCUAGCGGCAAGUGUUCUUCCACGAUCUCAGCGGGGGCUUCGAAGAAGCAGCCGCCGACUGAAUCCGUCGAGCUGUCGUCGCCUCUUACGUCUUGCGGACUCGACAUCGCGAGGUGCUCGAACGAUUCUCCCGGAGGACAUCCAUCGAGUGCUGCGGCGACUCAGGGCUGCGGUCGUCGAAAGAAGGCGGUUCCGCGAAAGAGUCCCACCGCCGACGACCCCAACUUCAAGGGCGCCGUUGUUCACAUGCGGCUCCAGAUGGUCAACGGAAAGCCGAAGCUCAAGAUGGAUCAUUACUACAACAACAUGCAGCGACGAGCAGUUCUACGACGUCACUACGCCGAGAUAAGCGAAUCCGAGGACGAGUUUGAGUUCGCCAGAAGGGAGGACGUUGAGCAGCAAGACAAACAGUGCGCGUCUUGCGCCACGAAGCUAACACCGCUGUGGAGAGACGCCGAAGACGGCACGCCGUUAUGCAACGCGUGCGGCAUCAGGUACAAGAAGUACAAAGUGCGCUGUACCCGUUGCUGGCACAUUCCCAGGAAGAACGAUAACACCCGCAGCAACUGCAAGGAGUGCGGGGCCACACUUCGUUUCGUGGUGCGAAAGUCGUCCAACUGAAUUUUUUUUUUUUUUUGGUCUCUCGUGUAAUCUCGCGCAGCGUACCGCAAGCUACCUGUGUAUAAUAGGCCAUGUGAAACAUUUGCCGUGUACAUAAUCUCUGUUUCCUGCAGAUGCUGAAGAAG